UAACCUUUAUGGAGCGAAUUUCGAAAACGCAUCGGUGUUGGCAAGUCUGUAGGUACUAGGUUGGUGCAGUUUCCAGAGAUCUGCGAGUUGAUUUCGGUUGCUGAGCGGAAUUGAACGCCAUUGUUCCCAGCAAGCAUCAUGCCACGUGACGUUAGGAGGAGUGAAUGUCUGACAUCGUCUAUGAUUCCCAUAAUGAAUGAUGGCUUUGCAAGGCUAACUGACAUUUGGGAUGAGGUGGGCAUCAAGGAAGAGUCGCGCUGGACAAGGGCAGAGCAAGCGAAAAAACACAUGCAGGAGCUACUAAAUCAAAUGGUUUAUGAAGAAACAACUAUGAGAGACAGACUUAAGAAAAGUAUUGAGUGUUGUUUGAAAGAACUAAGAAUACUGUGUCACGAAUUAUCACUUGAGGCAUGCACGGUGGAUGAGAGUAUGACCAUCCUUGAGAUUGAGAGAGAUUUGAGAGUAAAAUUGGAAUUAUUGACUAGCAAAAAGAAUGAACGCCUUCAAGAGUUGAGAGUGUUACAGCAGAAAGAUCAAGAACUAUGCAGUGAUCUUUGCGCGACUCCUUAUUACAUACCGUCUGGCAGUGUACCCAGCUUGAAACAACUGGAGGAGCUCAAAGAGCAUAUUAAGGCUCGGUCUGAAGAAAAGAAAGAGCGCCUCCAUGUCUUUUCCUCACUGCGAGAAGAAAUCAGACUUUGUUUUGAGGAAAUGGGAAGGCAACCUGAGAACUCGUUGGAAAGUGAAGCUAUUUGUGAGGAUGAAGACGCUUUCUUCCUUACAUUGGAUAAUAUCAAAGCUCUCAAAGCUAUUAAGCAACAGCUAGAAUUCAAGAAAGAAUGUCUUAUCUCAACUCUAAAUACCAUCAAAGAGAGAGUACAGGUUUUGUGGCAUCGUCUGCAGGUGCCCCAGGAAGAGCAAGAUUUAUAUCUGAAGGCUGCAAAGUGUCCAAUAAAUGAAGAUAUAAAGCAGUGGGAUAAGGAACUUGUACGUCUGGAGGAGCUAAAGAAAUCAAAUCUAAAGAUGGUUAUUCUGAAAGCAAGGGAGGAGAUACAGAUUUACUGGGAUAAAUGCUGCUUUAGCGCAGAGCAAAGGAAUGCAUUCGCUCCUUACUGGAGUGAUGACUACACGGAAGAUAUGCUAAGUCAGCAUGAUGAAGAAGUUGUAAGGAUAAAGUUGCAUUACGAAAAAUCUAAGGAGAUGCUUGAUGCUGUUAACAAAUGGGAAACCAGCUGGGAAAAGUUUCUAGUAUUGGAGAAAAGAGCAAGUGACCCUAACAGGUUUUCAAAUAGAGGUGGAACUUUGCUUAAAGAAGAGAAAGAAAGGGUGAAACUUCAAAAAUUGUUGAAAAAACUGGAAGAGGAGCUGAAGACUCGAGUAGAAGCAUGGGAGGCUGAACAAGGUUGUGAGUUUUUGCUUAAAGGAAAUAGAUUUAUGGACUAUAUAUCAAGCCAGUGGGAGGUACUCAAACGUGAAAAAGAACGUGAAAAGCAAGAACGUACUCUCAAAAAGGAUGAAAAUUCUACACCUUUCAAGACUCCAGUCAAGCGACCUGCAGGAUCUUGUAUGCAGAACACUCCAAGUAGUAAAAACCGAAAGCUAAAUGGAACUAAUGCAAUUAUGUCCCGGACUGUAAGUCACAACAAUGUAGCCAGUGCAAGCCAGACAAUAAAUGUAAAGACGCCGCUUCCUACUAUUAAGACUCCAUUGAAAACUAAAGAUAUCCCAGUGAGAACUCCUUUGCAGGACAGUAACAAAAAAACAAGCAUGUUUUCCAAUCAGCCUGGCAGCUAUUCAGAAUUUAAGGAGGAAAUUGCAAAGAAGUCCAACUACGAGGCCAUUUUCAAUUCUACAAUAAAUGAGAACUUGUGAUCAUUCCUGGAAUGCAGCAGAACUGCACUUUUUUUUACCGAUAUCUUAAAGCAAUUUUAUAUUUCCUCGCUACAGUCUUGCAAUGUAGUUUUUUUGUGUAGUUGUUGUUUUUCUCUCUCCCUGUAUUACUGUAAAAUAUUGUGUGGGGGGGGGCGUUCAGGGAAGUUACAAGUGCCGUUGUAAAUAGCAGAAAUUUUAUUGCAAAUGUCGUUUUUUUGGGGGGGUUCUAUAAAUGUUUUCUUAUUUAUGUCCUUGCAUGCUGUAAAGGAAAGACAUGUGUGAAACCAGGUGUCUGCCUUUUAAGUAAUCCAACACACUUUAUGGAUGCUGUGAAGAUGGAUUUUUCAUACCAAAGCAGUGUAAUAUUUGAAUAUUCAAUUUAGCAAUAAAGCACAAAAAUGAA